GGCCAGGAUGCGCACUUAUACCAACUAUUUAUGUCAUUGGAUGAAAUUGAUUGAAUCACUGAUUAUAUAAAGGUGUUGGGCAUUGUCCAGCUCAAUGGUCCAGCUCCCAAAACCCGAUUGUUAUGAUGAUUAUGACGUGUUUAAGUCUUCUGCGGUGAUUAUCACGUGAUUAAAUAUUCUGUGGCGGUAGGACGUCCCAUUGCCUUCUAGGAACAAACAAGUCACAUAAGGGGACAAGAGAGCGCAAUAACUGGGAGCUUUUAAAGUGAUAUUAGUUUAUCGUAGACAGUGAAGAGCAUCAGUCUAUACUUCGGUCAGGCGCGUCAAUUUUGACCCACAACGUCAGGAAUUCGCAACAGUAUUUCAGAUUUGGGUGCAUCAUUGGACACUGAUGGGACAUUGAGAUGGCAUCAUCAUUAUCAUCUGAUGGGGCCAUGUUGGUCUGUGGGAGUAUGGAGGAGCUGAAGCGCAGGGCCCAGGGCCCGGUGAGGAGGAACCUGUUUGGGCCUGUGGACCACGAGCAGCUGCAACAGGACUUCCAGAGGCACCUGGGUAUGACCGUGGAGUCGGCCAACAAGCGCUGGGGCUUUGACUUCAACGCCGGCCGGCCGGCCACCAACAGCGCCAGCAUGGAGUGGGAGGAGAUGAAGUGCCAGGAUGUGCCGGCGUUCUACCACAGCUGUGUGGUAAAGAAGCCGGUGAUUGGCAUCGCCGGGCGGAGGGCAGAGAGCGAGAAUGUCAGGCUGGCGCAGGCAUCAUCUCCAGGGUCGUCCAGCAUUGGAGUGGAGUACCUGGAGGUGACCACCAGGGAGAGCUAUAGGAUCCAGAGGCCGGAGAAGAUGGUGGCCAGCCAGAAGGCAGGAGCAGUCAAACGGAGACAAGCCGCCAUAACAGAAUUCUUUGUUGUGAAGAAGAGGAGGGCCAUGCACCACAAACGGUCCUUCCUGCAGUAAACACAUCCCAAGAAAGAGCACCAUUCAGUGGGCAUGCUUCGUUUGGAAAUCACCUCAUUAAGAUGAAUUUAUAAUCUCUGCAGCUUUCUGUAGCAACUCUGACUGUCAAAAAGCUCAUAGCUACAAAAUGUCUUAAAAACUCCUGACAAACUCUGUUGAUUUCCACGCAAGGAAGCUAACUAACGUCCUCUCAGAGUGAAAUAUCUCUGAGUGGAAAUGAUGGAUAUGUUUGUAUAUAUAUUUAUAUAGCUGUAUUUCAUCUAUAUUUCCUAAGCUUGUAUGAUUGUCUAAGCUUUAGAUUAUACUGUGAAAUAGUUCAAAUACACUCAUCAGGAAAAAACCUAAACGGCUCUGUUGUAAGAGACUUCUUCCAACAGUACCCUUGGUAUAGUAUUUCUUAACCCCUAACCACCUCAGCCCGCUCUCUAACAGCCUAUCUCAGAGUUUUGAUAAGAGGAGUUCAACUACUCCUGACCACAAUCCACGUGUCGUCUUCAGUUUCACCACGGCUGUAAAAGUAUCAGCCACUCGAGUAAGAGGCCCCGGGGUCACCUCAGGUCAAAUUGGCAACGUGACCAUGAUUAGCCUAGGGUACAAAGGUCAACGGUGAAGUUCCAGCACAUAGGCUAUCAGGCGAUGGCUGCAUCGGUAGGGACUUUUAUGAUAAUGAUACAUCUUAUUGAGUAAUAAUGCUUCUCAAUAUAUGUUUUUUUUAUGACGCUAAUUGUUUUAUUCUUAACAACAAGAUACUAAAGCGUCAUGUCAGCUUCUUGGUGUGAGUAUUAUUACAGAGUGAUAUAAGGUGUCAGUAGGCAACAAGCUUAAAUUAGCUUAAGUUCAUGCUCAAAUAUUGUUAUUAUGGCAGACAUACACUUCACCGUUGGCACCACCGUCUCUGUAAAAUUGGUCAAGAACUUCAGUACAAAACGGAAUAAAAUGUAAAACUGUUUUUAUUUAGCCCAUAAUCUUUCCAUGAUCUAUUUAGCCCGCUUCAUUUUGACCCAUUUAUCUUAUUAAAGGUAGUAAAACAUAUUCUUGGAAACUGUUUGGUAACAAAACGGAAUAUAUGGCUUUUGUUGGCUAAAUCCUUUUUUACAAUGUAUCCUUUUCUACUCUUGUCUCUUUAUAAUGGCAGCCUCUAGGUUUUGAACGCGACUCUUUUCUGUAUGAAGGUAAUGUAGCAUUGACAUUAUUCGGAGUUGAAGUUAUAAUGGUGUUUGUAGUUGACAAAAGUACAUGGAUCCUUAAUGCAUACGGAACUUUCCAAGUUCUGUCAGUAAAUGAUUCUUUUUUUUUUAUGAGGAGCUGAGCUGUAACACAUUUCCAUUGCUGUGCUAAAUACUAGACUGUUGUGACAACUGAGGCAGUUGACCCUCAAAAAAAUGAAAACAUAUAUGAUUUGUGAGACAUCUGUAAGCGUUGGCUUGAGGCAAGGGACAUAGACAUCCACAUGCCUUAAGCAUCUCACAUAUACAUCUCAGAUAUACCUGUGAUUAAUAUACAGUAUCACAGAUGUAUCCAUUGGUAUUACAUUCCAAACUUCAUACCAUUCAUUCUCUAGAGUCACAUCGCAAUACUGUAAAUAAUAGUGGCAAAAAAUAGCAGUCCUACAGGGAGUGCAUUUCCCAAAAUGUGUCAUGUUUGAACAAAUAGCCAUAAUCUGGAUUACCUACCUCAUUGAGCGAUUGACAAAAAAGUGAAAAUAAUUGAAAAAAGAUAUACAAAAUAAAAAAUUGUCAAAUAAUUACAACAUAUUUGUUGGAAACUACAGGAGAUGAUUUUGUAUUACUGUCCAUAGCUGGUUCAGUGGUAAAAUGGGUUCAGACCAUAGGCUUUAGUUACACAUCAGGUAAAAGAGUCAGUGUGUCAGAGUGAUAGGCCCAUUCCAGCUCAAAGCAGGACUGAGGAAACUCAAGUCCUCUGGGAGUCCUGAGCUUUGUUAUCUCUAGCCCUCUGGCUUGCUUUGACUGGUUUCCCAGAAGUAGACAGAAUGGAGGAUGGGGGGGGGGGGGGGGGGGGGGGGGGGGCAGGGGGCAGGGACUUUAUUAAUAGACCGCAACAGAAUGAUGUCCGAGACCCUGAAUCAAAGUGGUUCUAUAGCCAGACGAGUGGCCUGUGUUCUAGAGGGCUGGAUCCAAAGAGGUCCUCAUAACACCGCCCUCUUGACUUGCCAACGUAGAGAGACAUGUCAACAGAACGUCUUGAUUUCCGUUUACACACUUCACCUCACAAAUGGAAUCGAUUAUCCAUUUUUAUUUAAUAAUAUUUUAUGGUGUUUUUGUUGUUGUUUUGUGUGUGUUUGGACUUGAGUCUAUAUGUGCAUGUUGGUAUAUAUGCGCCUGUCUUUCAACGUGUUCAAAACAAAUCUUUAAAAGUCUGUUAACUUAUUUUUAACUAUAUAUUUUGUUUUUGUAGGGAAAUAAUUCUAAAUACCCUUUCGGUAAAACUAAUUGAUUAUGUGUAUUGUUGAACUGUCUUUGCACUAAAACAUUAUUGACAAGAUAAUUCUAUAUUUCUGAUUUUAUAGAGCUACUCUCAUGGAUGGGGAAGUGUUUAGAAAAAACAAACCUUCACUGCUGAACUGGGACACAGACUAUGGGCUAACGUAGUUUGGGUCGGACACAAAAUGAUAAAUAGAUAUUAGGUGCUUUCUUGGUAUUACAACAGUGUUAAAACAAGGUAAUACUCAGCCGUAAUAUUACUGACUGUACUGGUUUUCCCAGAAUUCCCUUGGCAAGCGAACUGUGAUAAGUUAAUGAUCAUAGAUCUGUAUACAGCUACUGGGCUGCUCAAUCCUGCAUCCCCCCUGGCCCACAGUAUCCCAAGUAUAUCAAAACAUAGUAUUGCAUGCCUUAUAUGCAUGAAUGGAUAAUAUAGGUUUUUGAUAGGAUAAUGGUUAAUGUAUGCAAAGUGUAUUACAAUGUUACAUGGGAACAGACUAUUAGCUUUGAUUCGGUUUGGUAAUAGUUUGAAAAUAAAAUGACACAUUUCAAUGAGGAUUCAAUGACCGGUUUUUGGUGCACUGUUGACUUUGAUGUUAAUUUGUUACAGUAUGUUUCAGAUGAUUAAACAUGUAAAUAAAUGAUAUAAAUAUACAAACGUA